UCUAAAUAAUAAAUCUCCGGGCAGCUCUCAGACAUCUUCCCUCUUCCUCAGACAGCUUCCUCUUACUCUCUCUUUCAAAGCUGGAGGAAGAACAUUCGAUUCAUUUUCUUCACACUGGAAGAGGAAGAAGAAGAGAUCAAAGCACAGCGUGUGUACAAAAUAUUUGACUACUUUUUUUACUCCAUAAAACCCAUAGAUUUUUCCCAUAUUUCUCUCUCAGUUUUUAGUCCUUGGUUCUUGUUCAAUUUCGUGUUGAACUCGUCAUACCAUUGAAUUGCGGCUUGCGAUUCUGCAGUGUGUUGGUCGGAUCUUGAGAGUGAUUUUCGGGACCGAUGAUGUGGAGGAACAUUGCUGGCUUCUCCAAGGCGGCGGCUGCGGCGGCCGCCAGAACCCGCGGAUCUCGGCGCUGCUUGUCGACGGCGAUUCCUGGUCCUUGCAUCGUUCACAAGCGUGGUGCCGAUAUUCUUCACGAUCCAUGGUUCAAUAAGGUUGUCUACUCUCUUCACGAUCCAUGGUUCAAUAAGGACACAGGUUUUCCUUUGACUGAGAGGGAUAGAUUGGGGCUACGAGGCUUGCUUCCUCCUCGUGUUAUCUCCUUUGAACAGCAAUAUGACCGUUUCAUUGAGUCCUUUCGGUCCCUUGAGAGGAAUACAAAAGGGCAGCCAGAAAACGUUGUUUCAUUAGCCAAAUGGAGGAUUCUGAAUAGAUUGCAUGACCGUAACGAGACUUUGUACUACCGAGUCCUUAUUGAUAACAUCAAAGAUUUUGCCCCAAUCAUAUACACACCCACUGUUGGACUGGUUUGUCAGAACUAUUCGGGUUUGUAUAGAAGACCUCGAGGAAUGUACUUCAGUGCGAAAGACAAAGGAGAGAUGAUGUCUAUGAUAUAUAAUUGGCCAGCUCAGAAGGUAGAUAUGAUUGUGAUCACAGAUGGUAGCCGUAUUCUUGGCUUAGGAGACCUUGGAGUCCAGGGUAUUGGGAUUCCUAUUGGAAAGCUCGACAUGUACGUUGCUGCAGCAGGAAUCAAUCCACAGAGAGUUUUGCCAAUUAUGUUGGAUGUGGGCACGAAUAAUGAAAAGCUCCUACAGAAUCCUCUCUAUUUAGGACUCAGGCAACCUAGGUUGGAAGGAGAGGAGUACCUUGAGAUCAUUGAUGAAUUUAUGGAAGCUGUAUACACGCGUUGGCCUAAGGCUGUCGUACAGUUCGAAGAUUUCCAAGCCAAAUGGGCUUUUGGAACUUUGGAAAGAUAUCGGAAGAAGUUUUGCAUGUUCAAUGAUGAUGUCCAGGGAACUGCUGGUGUUGCUCUCGCUGGACUAUUGGGAACUGUAAGAGCCCAAGGUCGGCCUUUAUCCGACUUUGUGAACCAAAAGAUUGUUGUGGUGGGAGCUGGAAGUGCGGGGCUCGGUGUAACUAAGACGGCAGUCCAAGCAGUUGCAAGAAUGGCAGGCAUCAGCGAGAUUGCUGCAACGAAAAACUUUUACCUGAUCGACAAAGAUGGUCUUGUCACCACGGAGAGGACAAAACUUGACCCAGGAGCUGUACCUUUUGCCAAAAAUCCAGCUGAGAUACGUGAGGGAGCAAGUAUUGUGGAAGUGGUGAAGACUGUUAGGCCACAUGUUCUUCUUGGUUUAUCUGGAGUUGGUGGCAUCUUCAACGAAGAAGUUCUCAAGGCAAUGCGAGAAUCUGAUUCAUGCAAGCCGGCCAUUUUUGCUAUGUCGAAUCCCACCUUGAAUGCUGAGUGCACUGCUGCUGAUGCAUUUAAGCACGCUGGAGAAAACAUAGUAUUUGGAAGCGGAAGCCCAUUUGAAAACGUUGAACUUGAGAAUGGUAAAGUUGGGCAUGUGAAUCAGGCCAACAACAUGUACCUAUUCCCCGGGAUCGGGUUAGGGACUCUUCUCUCUGGUGCACGUGUUGUAACUGAUGGAAUGCUGCUAGCAGCUUCUGAAUGCCUUGCGUCCUACAUGACUGACGAAGAAGUGCAAAAAGGCAUCCUUUACCCUUCAAUCAACAACAUCCGACAUAUAACAGCUGAGGUCGGGGCCGCUGUUCUACGAGCUGCGGUUUCUGAAGACAUUGUAGAAGGACAUGGCGAUGUUGGUCCCAAAGAUCUCAGUCACAUGUCUAAGGAGGAGACAGUGAAUUACAUCACACGCAACAUGUGGUUCCCAAUCUACAGCCCUCUCGUGCACGAGAAAUAGACAGUGACUGACUCUUUGAACUCUUUCGGCUUUCAUAGAAAGCCUAAA